ACCAUCAAAACAGAGCAGCGCUGCGCGAGGGGCGGAAGAGCUCCGCGCUAAUGUCACUGCGGUGUUAGCAUUAUUAGCGAUUUGUUAAUAUUCGAUAAUAGUUUGUCGGGUUAACUUAGUGCAUCAUUAGCCAGUUAGCUCGCACUGCGUUCGAGCCUCAUUUUACCUCAGGAGGUGUGGAAGGCUAACUAGCUAACAUCACCAGAGCUGACUAUGAUGCGGGUCAGUGAGUUUGAUUCCUCUGAUGAAGAGGAUGGAGGUGAUGAAGAGUCUUGCACUCCUCUACAGAUCUCCUGGUUGUCGCUGUCGGUGGUUGAAUGCGCACAGUUCCUCGGGAUUUGCCCUUUACCAGGAUGCAGAUAUAAGGACAUCAGGAGGAACCUGGAGAAAGACGUGGGUGAGCUGUGUGCGCAGGGUGUACAGGACGUGUUUGUGCUGUGUGAGAGGGCGGAGCUGGUGCGUUACAGAGUGCCGUGUUUGUUGGAGUGUUACGCUCGGAGUGGACUCAGCGUGCAUCACCUGCCCUUCCCUGACGGCGGCGCUCCUGAGCUGCACCACUGCACUCGCAUCCUGGACGAGCUGCAGCACUGCUUACAGACACAGCGCCGCACCGUCAUCCACUGUUACGGGGGUCUGGGCCGCUCAGGACUCAUUGCUGCAUGUUUGUUGCUGCAGCUCUCCGUCUCCAUGACUCCCACGAAAGCCAUCGAGAUCCUGAGAGAGCUGAGAGGAGGUGGAGCCAUUCAGACAGUCAAGCAAUACAACUUCCUGCACGAGUUUCGGGAAAAGUUCGCAGCUUAUCAGGAAACCAAAGAGUCCACAGCCUCAGAGAGAUCUAUCUCCAGAUAGCCCCGCCCCCAAACCCUCCAUCUUUAACCAUCAUUUAAUGAGGAUAUGAUGAGUCUGAUCUCGAGCUACACCAAUAUUAAACUUUCACAUUAUGGGAUUGAUUUUCUUUUUUCCUAAUGAAUGUGUGCUACAGAUGACGUGUCUGUUCCCCUGGAGUGGAACUCAGGGUGCCAAUACUUGUAAACUGUGCUGUAGUUGACUGUGUGCUGCUGAGUUGUGUGUGUGAAGUGGAGGGACUGAGACAGGGACACGACCCUCCACUUCCUGUUGCAUGCUGCCCCGUUCACACAGACAUGCUUUAUAAACGAGGAUCAUGAUGUUCAGUCUGCAGUGGGUUUGUACAGGAACGCUUUUGUCAUGUCUCAUUUCUGUUUUGAUUUUGGUGUUUAACAAUAUAAUAAAGGAGGCAUUUAUACUGAUGUGGGAUCAGUUCAGUAAAAAUGCUGAUCCAAUCUGA